AUACCGUAUUACCCUUCUUUCCUUCUCUACAGUCCUCUCUGUUUUUCUCUAUCUUUCUGCGAAAUGUUCAUAAACCACUUGGGGUAGCAAUUACAACGACAGCAACAUCUCCAAGAACAAAAAAACGACACAACCCAUCAUGGAACCGACACAGAACGCCCAUUCCCAUAUACCGCAAAUCCCAAAUGAAACCUCUGCCGCCGAGUGGGCUUCUCAUUUCCACCACCAACACUCUUGGCAGCAGUUCUAUCCUCCCUCCGUGGUUCUCUCCCAGCACAAUCCGUCUCUCGGCUUCAAUCUCAACCAGGAGAAUGAUGAAGAAGUCGACAACCAACCUGCCGCCACAGACAACUCAGGAAACGCUAACCAAGACGUGGAGAAAGAACCUAUGUUCGAGAAACCCUUGACCCCCAGUGACGUUGGCAAGCUCAACCGUCUGGUCAUCCCCAAACAGUACGCCGAGAAGUACUUUCCCCUCGGCGGUGACUCAGGGGACAAAGGGUUGCUUCUGAGUUUUGAAGACGAAUCAGGGAAGUGCUGGCGGUUCCGAUACUCAUAUUGGAACAGUAGUCAGAGUUACGUCUUGACGAAAGGGUGGAGCAGGUACGUCAAGGAGAAGCAGCUUGACGCUGGUGACGUUAUCUUAUUCGAGAGGCAUCGUACGGACGGCGACAGGUUGUUUAUAGGAUGGCGGCGGAGGGGCAGUGCAGCAGCCAACCAAGAUGGUGGCGCUGCCGUGAGCGGUGGUGGAAAUGACGGGUGGAGUAGGGGAUUGUAUCAAGGGCAUCCUUAUCUUGAGCACAUACAGGGAAAGGGGACUAAUGUGCCAUACCAACCGGACUGUUCCCAUGCAGAAGCGGCCGUACAGAGCCAGACAACGACAGGGAGCUCAAAGCGGCGGUUGCGGCUGUUUGGGGUGAACAUGGAGUGCGAGCUUGAUGAGUCCGAGCCCUCCACACCAGAUGGCUCGUCUAUGUCGAGCCAGGGCCCAGCCUACCAACAGUUCUACUCUCAUUCUCAUCCCUAUUCGGAUAUCACUUUCUCUCAGGACAUGAACCAGAUGAGAAAUCGUCGAGGAUAAGAUACGGGGGGAUGUGACGUUGUGGAUUUGACUUAAACCAAAACCCCAACUAAAAAAAAAAUAAAAAUAUUAUAUGUUAUGACUUAUGACUUAUGAAUUAUGAUGAUUAUCAUAGAAGGAAAACGAAGUACGGAUUGCUUUUUUAGUAAUAGAGAAGAAAAGGUUAGGCCACAUUCCAGGGGUGGAAAUGGAGUAAGAGGUCCGUGCAAGGGGGUGACGUGAGGAAGUGCAAAAUGGGGUUCGUUUGGGGAAUCUAUUUGGGCACUGUUGAGAUUCUGCCUGAAGAUUUUUCGUGAAGACUCAUAAACUAAGAAAUAAUGGAGGAAAGUAUGGUGGACAUGGUGGUGUCUGUGGGUGGUGGGUGGGUUGGUGGGUGUGUGUAUGGCUGUUGCUUCAAUGGAUGGAUGACAGCCCACUCUCUUUUUCAAUACCGACAUCCAUCGGUUCAUGUAACAUAAAGCUGUUUUCUAAUGCUCUAUUGUAAAAUAAAAAAGAAGAGAAAAGAGUAGAAAUAGAGAGCAUUUUGACAU